CAAUUCUCAGACUGAAUGAGUGAACUGUGAAUUGUGUUGAUAUAUGGAUGAGAUGUUGACGUCUGAUGACACUUACGGUCCACUCGUUUGAGGCACUCAUCACUCAUUCAAUGUUCACAUGAUUUACUAAUUAUUGUCAAACGUCGCGAUUAUCACAUUGUAUGCGAAAUGUCUUUAAUCAAUAACAACGACAAUCAGAGCUGUUAUAUGGCUCUCAUGUCGAUGGCAGAGGAGUUCCGCACACAAACGCCUCCAGACAUGAGGUCUUGUGUCCAGUGUCUGUUGGCAUCACUCAAUGUGUCCACACAUCCGGCAAUUGAAGCCAAAACUCACUUACAUUUGGGAAACAUUUUGCUUCACUUCACCACUAAUUUGGAUAAAAGUCAGUCACAUCUGGAGAAAGCGUGGUAUUUAUCGCAAUCAGUGCCCAAUUGCGAGGAAUUGAUGUUAGAAUCGGCUUCUCUUCUGGCAAUGGUUUACGAGAAGAAGAAUGAGAUCCAAAUGUCGAAACAGAUUCUCACGAAAGCUAUUGAAGAGUCUCAGCACUGGAUCUUUUGGCACUCGAGACUGCUCUUCCAAUUGGCUCAAAUCCAUGCAAAUGAAAAGGAGUAUCUGUUGGCAUCUAAUAUAUUGAGUAUAGGCGCCGAUUACGCCAAUAUGUCAGGCGCUCACUACACGAGGAUAUUAUUCCUAUUAAGUAAAGGAAUGACUUUAAUGAUAGACCGACGGCUCACUGAAGUACACCCAGUGCUGAGUCUCGCGGGACAGUUAGUGGAGACCUGGAAUGGAAAUCUCCAAAUGAAAGAAGCGCUUAAAGUAUACUUUCUUGUGCUUCAAGUUUGCCAUCAUUUGAAUGCCGGACAAGUAAAGAGUGUUAAGCCGUGUUUAAAACUUUUACAACAAAGCAUUCAAAGCAUAACCGCUUAUCACAGCGAAGACGAUUACGUGAACGUUAACCCCAACGACAUGUUCAUAUGGAUGCCCAGAGAGCACAUGUGUGUUCUCGUAUAUCUGGUAACAGUACUUCACUCAAUGCAAGCCGGGUAUAUGGAUAAGGCACAGAAGUACACCGAAAAGGCACUCAUGCAAAUCGAUAAGCUUAAGGCUGUAGGCAAUCACCCGAUGCUCAACACUUUCCAAUUGCUUCUAUUGGAACACAUAGCUAUGUGUCGGCUCGUUAUGGGCAACAGAACUCUUGCCAUCAAAGAGACAGUACAAGCACUUCAGAUCUGUUAUGGCGAUCCAAAGCUUAAGAUAAGACACAAACCAUUAAUUCACGCCUUAUUGGGAAUGUAUGCCAUGUCUAUGAAUCUGAUGGAUGCCGCCGAAGCACAAUUGGCCACUGCUUUGAGAACGCCCAGUGCGUGCACUGAACUCCGAGUUAUGACAUCUUUGAACUUAGCUAUCGUUUACUUAAGAAACAAAAGGGAGAAAGAAUUGAAUGACUUAUUGGCAAAAUUGAAUCCCGAAACCCUUCCCUCAGUAUCUCAAAGUUUAAAAGCGGCCGCUUUUUAUGUGCUCGGAUUGAACUCAUUCUUUCAGUCCCGAUAUAACGACGCUAAACGAUAUCUGAGGGAAACCCUAAAGAUGGCGAACGGAGAGGACUUGAAUCGAUUGACUUCGUGUUCACUCGUUCUUUUGGGACAUAUAUUCUAUUCUUCAGGGAACAGCCGGGAGAGUAUGAACAUGGUGACCCCCGCCAUGCAGUUGGCCAGUAAGAUACCAGACAUUCACGUCCAGCUCUGGGCUACUGCUCUACUUAAAGACCUUUACGGACAGUUCGGUGAACAGAGCCGUCAACAGGAGGCCAUUCAAAUGCAUCACAGCUUUUCCCAAAUGCUUAUCAACGACCACUACCAGGCCUCACAACUACCCGAACAUAACUAUAUUCACAUGGCGAACGGAGAGGACUUGAAUCGAUUGACUUCGUGUUCACUCGUUCUUUUGGGACAUAUAUUCUAUUCUUCAGGGAACAGCCGGGAGAGUAUGAACAUGGUGACCCCCGCCAUGCAGUUGGCCAGUAAGAUACCAGACAUUCACGUCCAGCUCUGGGCUACAGCUCUACUUAAAGACCUUUACGGACAGUUCGGUGAAUCGAGCCGUCAACAGGAGGCCAUUCAAAUGCAUCACAGCUUUUCCCAAAUGCUUAUCAAUGACCACUACCAGGCCUCACAACUACCCGAACAUAACUAUAUUCACUGGUUCGAUAGUCCUGACGCUGAAUAGACUUAAUAUAUUUGUUUCAUUUAUUGACUUCAGACUCAUUUCAAGGGAUUUAUAACAUGUAUUUAACACAUCUGUAAAAUAUAAACAUUUUAUUGUUUUUUCUAAUAUAUAAACUCCU